CCAGCCUCGCAAGCGACCUUACUGCUCGCCCGUUUCGCGCCAUGUGGAGCUAGCAGUGCGGCUCGAACCUUCCCCGGCGAAUCUAACGCAAGGGGCGUGGACGACGGAAAGUCGCAAGUCGCCAAGCACAGCGCUCUCCGCCAAGAAGAGCGGAACCCGCAAGCAAGCAGCUUCGCGACAUCACCGUCGUCGUCAGAAGCGCCAGAGCAGUCAAAGCCACCAAAAACACACAACCUUGAUGCGCAGAUGGCCGAUGUUGAAGACAGCACCGCCAACCCGGUGAAUGAGCCACUGGAUCUUGUGCGCCUUUCGCUCAACGAGAUUGUCUUUGUCAAGCUGCGCGGUGAUCGCGAGUUGCAGGGCAGACUUCACACCAUCUACGUUAUUGACGAUGAUGACGAGUCUGAGAGCGUGAGGGUAGGAUCCAUCCAGACUCAAUCCUCGCAACUGCUUGCUAAACCUUCUACCAGNACGCUCAAGAAGCAGUCCGAGAUGCUGUUUGUCAGAGGAGACUCGGUAGUCUUGAUCUCGCCCCAAGCACAA